CACAAGUGUGUAGUACUAUCUGCCCCGUUGGCUUUCUUUGUCAAUCGUUCGCUAGACUCGGACGAGUCAAGAUCUCUCUCGGUUUAUUGCACCGUUUCUCUUAUAUCACGUCGCUUGUAAUUCCGAAGAUUUUGGCUCAUUUGUUUUUCAAUCUGUUUAAGCACCAUCAGUCGUUUCAGUGUCGUUUCAAACUGUUCAUUCUCUCGCUCGGCUAUACUGUUUUUAAAACAUCCAUCAUGACAACCGUUUACUUGACUACCGGCUCGGAGUUAUCCAUGUGUGGAAUGAAUGGCGCUGCCGCCGGGGCUAAUGGCGAACGACCCAAAUUGCAAUCAUGUGUCAGCAUCGUCGUUGACGACGUAGACGGUGACUGCGACAAUAACGGUGGCAGUCAUUAUUACUCCGACUCGCAUCAUCACCAUCAGUUCUACAUUCAGCAUCAAACGUCAUCGGACGGCCAGGAGAGUAACGAGGUGUUUGACGACAACGCCGACGCCCGUUCAGACAUCAGCCAGUGCUCUAGGGGUAGCCGCGGGUCGACGUCGCGGGAGGAAAGCGAGACCAGACUUCAACAGAUCAAGGACGAGGUUCGCCAUCGACGAGAUGAAUUUGCCCGACUCCUUGACGAGCACGAACAAGUCGUCCGUGAAUUGAGACGCAUCGAGAGCUCUGGUGAGCUCCAGUCACUCGUCGAGACGCCAUCCGGUGGACGGACCGAAGAAGCUCCUUCUCUAGGACUUAAACAGGAGGAAUGAAGACGAAUAACAUUUUAAUCACGUGCAACUCCGCGGACGUGAAAUGUGUUUUUUUUUAUUUUAUUUUUUAAGAGGGGAAACAACCAGCAAUUUCGUGGAAAAGGAAAAUGAAAUGGAAGCCAUUGAUUGUGGAUUAUAAAGAGAGAGAAAAAAAUGGAAAAAAAAGGAUUUAAUUUUUGUUUUUUCCUUUUGCAAUUGAAAAACCGAACGAACGAAAGGAUUUUGUCGAUGUAAGAAAUUUCCAGAGUAGGGCAUAGUGUGACGACACGCCGUCGCUACUCAUUCUUUUUUUUUCAUCCCUGCUUUAGACCGUUUCUUUUUGAAACUUGUUUGCCAAUUUUCAUUUGUCCAUUCGUUUCUAUUUUUAUUUUUUCAUCCCAAUGAACGACUGGCUUAUAUGUACGAUAUAUAAAAUAUUUUGUUUGUGUUUUUACGCCGGGACCGGACAUUAUGUAGUCAUCGCUUGACUUGAAGUAACUGGUGACGUUUCAUUAAGAGACGCUAUCAUUUUAGCCACCAGAAUAUUAUUUUCUAGUCGAGUAAAGGAAAAAAAACAAAGGUGACCUUCAAUGUUCUUUGAAAAGAUUAUUAUUUACAAAACACCAGAAAAGAAACAUUUUAACCUCCCCCCUCCCCUUAAAUAAAAGAAAUGUGUGGUGCUGAGAGUUAUCUAUAUAAGAAAAUGCGACAUGCGUGCGCGAAUGAAUGAUUGAAUUAAUUUGCAUUAGCUAGUAGUAUUACAUCAAUGCGUGUUAUACAUCUAUAUACAUGCCAUCAAUAUAUAUAAUGUGUGCCUUGCUGUGUAUAUGUUGGUUUUGACGAGCCGAAAACAGAAAUGAACCGCAGACCAUCUACUAUAUUAUAUCGAUAAUGACCUGUACCAACACGCCAUUCAUAUAUGCAGAGUAGAGUGAAGACUGUGUUACCACCCUACCAACUGAUAUCAGCGAACCUCUCAAUUCAUUUCUCCCUUCUCUGCUAAUAUACAUAACGCACGAUCCCUUUAGCUUACAAAUACUUGUAUUGUAUAGGUCUAUCGAUUGCAAGGUUUUCUUUGGCCAUCAUGUCCAACAGCCAAUCUUGUAACGAACUAAGCAGAAGCAGCAGCAGCAAUACAAAGUAGAUGUCGGCAUUUUUAUGCUCUACUUUCAGCCACAUACUUUAUUUUGAAUAAAGUAUUCGGAAAUGGCUUUAAGUAUUGUUGAUUUGCCGUGUAUAUCGUAGAUUACAUCAACAGUGAAAAAAAAAAAAACGGUUGGUUAUUAUAUACAAAAAAAAAAACUUGAAACAAAUGAAACUGGGAUCUUGAUUUAUUAAACAUAAACAAAAUAUCAUAAUGUGUUUUAUUGGUCGUGAUUGCAUAAAUGUCCUUGCCUGUAUCCUUAAUUCAUAUACCUACUUUCCCUUAAGAUUAUAGGAAUUUUCUCGACGUUUUUAAUAAUAGAAUCUUAUUAUUUUUUAAUUUGUUCCAUUAUUAAUAAACUUUUAUUUCACCAAAUCUUUCCUCUUACAAUUAUAUUUUUUUCAUUGUUAUGUGUUUUCUCCCACAAACGAACGAUUGGCUACCCUUCGCAACCGUGGCUCUCAGCAUCAUACAUGAAUACUUUCGGCUCGUUAUUACCCGUUUUCUUAUUUCUCGUCAUGUGUGUAUGUUUUGUAUUUGUUGUUUUGAAACCACAACAAGCGGAAGACAUCGAUUAUUUGGUUUCUUUGCUGCCAUAAGCAUUUGAUGUGCGCGCUAAUGAAUUUAUUUGUCUUUUCAUUUCUCGUUUGCCUCUCAAUUUUUCUUGGGUUUCCCUGUCUGAUGACGAAGCCCUCAUGCGCCUGCGUCACGUGAAAAUACAGUAUAUAUAUAACGAAAAUAAUAAUAAUAAAAAAUUAAACACAAAAACAAAAAAAUACACGUCUAGAUUGAAGAGAAAA